UUUUAAUUUUUCAGUGGGUGCACGAGGAAGAGACGGCAAAAUCAUACGAAUUACACGGGACACUGAGACUUCUACAUCGACUCCGAUGAAUCCCUCAGAGAGGAUUCGACCGACAGCUUCAAGGAGAAGAAGACGUAUGAUUAUUGAAGACGACGAUGAGGGACAUCAUGAUCAGGGGGAGCCUUCUAUAGUGCAUGAGGAAGAUGUGGUACAUGGGCAGGUGGAUGUACAUGAGCAUAUGGUGCACGAGCAGGUGGAUGUACAUGAGCAGGAGGAGGCUGCACCUGCUCAUGAGGGAGAGCAUAUGGAGGAGGAACAUGAUGGAGCUGAGGGACCUGGUGAGCUCACACGGUAUCCUGGAGGACCUUAUGAUUUGUCUGUCCUUACACGAUACCGUUAUCAUGUUUCAGCUAGACUAUGGUUUGGCGAGGAGCGACCAUUGCUGAAAAUUGUUGCGCAUGGGAAGAAAAUGCAACAAUUUACUCCGCCGGUACUUCCGCGACCCAUAGAGAAUUGGGUGAAUUUGUCUGGUCUGAACCCAUUACAACGGGGUAGUUUGAAGAUGAUCGACAACAACUUGAUAUCUGCCUUUGUUGAAAGAUGGCAUUCUGAGACAUCGUCAUUUCACAUGCCAUUUGGUGAAAUGACGAUUACUUUGGAUGAUGUUGCCAAUCUUCUCGAAUUGCCUAUUAGGGGUGAGUUCUACAGUCCACCCGGUGUAGAUAGAGUAACGACAUGUAAUCUUGUCGUCCAUCUAUUAGGAGUGACCACAGAAGAGAUCUGGGAGGAGACCAAAAUGACUAGAGGUGCACACUAUAGACUGGAUUGGUUGAAGGAGGUGUUCAGAAGGCAGUGUGCAGCAGAGAGGUUUGACUGUGCUGCUAUGGCAUAUCUGUUGAAUUUAGUCGGGAGUACUAUUUUCGCUGAUAAGACUCAUACUCUAGUUGAUGCUAAGUACCUUUCUUUAUUCAGAUAUUUAGACGACAUAGAUAAAUAUGCAUUGGGUACUGCUGCAUUAGUGGUGCUUUAUGACUAUCUCUCAGAUGCCUGCUAUUAUGACACCAAACAGAUAGGUGGAUAUAUGACGCUGCUUCAAUGCUGGAUUUACGAAUAUUUUCCGAAUAUUUGUAAUAGAGGUGAUCAGGGUGCUGACGUGGAAUGUUUUGCCCGAAUGAAUAGAUGGUGCUAUAAGCAAGGCAAGCAUAAGGUCCACGAAUACAGAAGUAUUAUUGAUGCAUUGACACCUGCAGAUGUUAUAUGGAGACCAUGGGAGAAUCACAUGGGUGUCAUUCCUUUUGAUAAUAUCACGCUUUCUACUGGUCACAUUCGAUUAUGCAGCACUGUAGUGAAAUAUCUACCAGAGAGGUGUUUGAGACAAUUUGGAUAUAUCCAAUAUAUUCCUUCACUGCCACUUCUAGAUCCUGCUAGAUUAUUUGAUGUAGAUGUGGAAUGGUUGGGAUAUGUGAUGCCAGUGACAGAGCUAUUUCACAAGCUUCGUCCAGCUACAUAUCCAUCUGAGUGUGAAGAUGGAUAUUUGGAGUGGUUCUAUCAGGUGUCUCAUCCACUGCUGGUGCGACUAGAUGGUGUACCUCAUGUCACACGUUAUAGUGUACCGCCCACCAGUGCAGAUGCUUCUAGCUCACAGCCGCCACCUAUCCUACAGCAGAUCGGUGAUCUUAUACAACAGGGGUUGAGGCAACAUCAAGCUAGUCCAGAUGAUGAGUUGUAUAUUCACUUUUAUAAAGCUUUGUAUUUAUCACGUAGUCGCACUAGUUCAUCUAAAGACAUUGCAUCUACGGGUUCCGUAGGUGGAUUUUGGGUAACACGUGACAACCGGCCUAAUAAAUACCCCCAGUGUUGUAGACGGCCUGUGUAUGCUAUUGCCCAAGAAGUUGCUUCAUUGGUACGAUAUUGCUUCCAACCUGGUGCAAUUUCUGGCAUUGGAAAUCCAUCUUUCAUCUUUAACUGCAAAAAUUAA